AUGGCGCUCACAGCAAAUACUAUUGCAAAACAUAACUUCAGUAAGAAGCUAUACAAUGCUCUGAUGACAGGAGAUAGAGAGAAGGUGAUCCAACUCUGCCGAAAAACUCCUGAGGGUCCAUUACACAUCCUGACCAUACACCAAGACACUGCCCUUCAUAUGGCCACCUACUCCAAACAAAAAGACUUGGUACUCAGUUUACUCCAAGAGUUAACCGAAGGUCAAUUUGCCAAACUGAUGCAUCCUAAUGACACUGGAAACACCAUACUACACGAGGCGGCCACUUCUGACAGAAUAGUACCUGCCGCGAGGGAAAUGCUGAUCAAAGCACCAAAACUGCUGAGUAUGCGCAACCGGCGUGGAGAGACAGCUCUUUUUCGCGCUGCACGUUAUGGCAAAACUAUGAUGUUUGAGUUUCUAGAUGAUGAAACCAACAAAAGCAUUAAAAAUGCAGAAGAACUUAAGGCCUUUCAUUAUAGGGAUGACAAAACCACUAUACUUCAUAUGUCCAUCCUCACCGAGCACUUUGAUUUGGCCCUUGUAAUUGCAAGCAAGUAUGAGUACUUGCUUGAUGAAAAAGAUGGAGAUGGAAUGACUGCUCUCCAACUUCUUGCUUGCAAUCCAUCUGCAUUCAAAAAGGGGAGAACACAAGGAUUUUUCAAGCGGUUCAUUUACCCUUACGAAGCUAAAGGGCUAUCUAAGAAGUCUACACUCUAUCAUCCAAUGUUUGCUUGGUUUUUUUUUGGACUUUAA